AUGAGUAACCAUGUCUUCCUCGCCAGAGACACCUUAAGAAUUCACAUCAGGUCAGAUGAGGGCCGAGAAUUCCCAGGAGGAGGGAGGAAGGAGCCCGGCACAGGCGGCUUGACACAUGGGCCCCACUCCUGCCUCCAGCUCUGACUCACCCUCUGACGCUGGGGGAGGAGAAAAGCUGCUUGGUAUUUUUGGCUUUCCCCCAUAAAACGGGAGACAGUUGGCUUCAUUCGAGUCUUCUCAGCAUCCUUGUCGAGCGUGACUGAGCCAGUUCUCCUCGGAAAUCUUUGCUACUGGCUGACUGCAGAUCUGAUUUGUGUACACUAACCACUGUUUACCUAAGACGUCUGGAUCCAGACCAAGGGCUCCAGCUCACUGGGCUCCUCAGCACGAAGGAGGCUGCAGUCUUGAAUUCCCCGGUGGAGGACGGACUCCACCAUUCUCUAGUCUUGCCCCCUGAUGAUGAUAGUGUGACUGCGGCAUCUUCAUGAGCUCCAGAGGUCACAGCACACUCCCACGGACUCUCAUGGCCCCUCGGAUGAUUUCCGAGGGAGACAUAGGGGGCAUUGCUCAGAUCACCUCCUCUCUCUUCUUGGGCAGAGGCAGUGUGGCCUCCAACCGGCACCUCCUCCAGGCCCGGGGCAUCACCUGCAUCGUUAAUGCUACCAUCGAGAUCCCCAACUUCAACUGGCCCCAGUUUGAAUAUGUUAAAGUGCCUCUGGCUGACAUUCCUCAUGCCCCCAUUAGGCUGUACUUUGACACUGUGGCUGACAAGAUCCACAGCGUCAGCAAGAAGCAUGGGGCUACCUUGGUGCACUGUGCUGCAGGAGUGAGCCGCUCGGCCACUCUCUGUAUUGCGUACCUGAUGAAAUUCCACAAUGUGUGCCUGUUGGAGGCAUACAACUGGGUGAAAGCCCGGAGGCCUGUCAUCAGGCCCAACGUGGGCUUCUGGAGGCAGCUGAUAGACUACGAGAGCCAGCUCUUUGGGAAGUCGACGGUUAAGAUGGUACAGACACCCUAUGGCGUCAUUCCAGACGUUUAUGAGAAGGAGUCCCGACACCUGAUGCCUUACUGGGGGAUUUAGUGCUGCCACGGCCGGCAUCCACAGCCCUCAGCAAUACCAGCAUCUGCCACAGUCUCCUCCCUCUUCCUCUCUCUGGUUCUCCCGCCAGUUUUCGACACUGGGUGUUGGGGUUGAGGCGUGGAGGGAGACACACACAUUGCUAGUAACGUUUUUCAAAAACUAGCAUUUUGAGAUAGCAAACAUGAACAUCUUUAACUGGCCUUCAGUCGUUUAUAACAGCUGGGACAGUAUAGGAGACUGUUCCUGCUUUCCUUCUGGCUCCAAGCCUUUCGGAGCCUUGGCAGGUGCAGGAGGAAAUCCUUGCGAAGAUCACUUUGGGCCCUGAUUAACCCUCUAGAGACCAGCUUUGCCCAUGGCUGCUAGCUGGACAGAUGUUUAGGGGAUAUCAAGGCCAUCUCAGUCCCUACUGGAUUAGCCUGGUCCUUUCUUUUCCUCUGUUAUUUAGCGAUUCUGUAAGUUAAGUUCACCAUUGUUAUUUAGUUGAUAAGUGAUUAUGAAAACCAUUGCAAAGACCCUCUUAAAAUCAGUGUGCCCCAGGACUAUAUUAGCAUUAUUUUUAAUAAACCUAUCUGCUUAACAUAA